UCUUAGAAUCACAUCAGUUGGUGGUAAAGAACUAUCCAAAAUGAAGCUCCAGAUUGUUGCUUUGGUCGUUUGCGUUGCUUUCGUCGUGGGAAGUGAAGUUGAUCCCGCUGCACCGGAAUUGCCGACCGACCUUCUUCAACCCGACCAAGCAGAGGUGGAUAUCGCCCAACCAGAUCUAAAACCAUUGGAAGAAGCUCCCCAAGAUGCCCCAGAUGCUGAGCAGGAGGGCCCCGCACCGGACCAACCUGACCAAGAAGCCGACCAGGAGGAAGAUGAUUCGGUGGACUCUGCAGAGUCGGACGAAAGUGAAGACGACAAAGAAGUGAUUGAACUGCUGGAGAAGCUGCAGGAUCGCCAGGAGGAGUUGGACAACCUUAACCGCUAUCUGCUGGGACGCCUCGCACCGAUCCAUGCCUCUGUACUCGAUAAUCGCAUACGUCCGAUUCGCCUUCCGUACCGGAUUGCUCCAUGGAACCGCCGUCGUCCGCGUCGGUAUCUUCCCAGACUGGGUUAAAUUUAAAAUCAACCGCACAAUUACAAGCACACACUUCAGAGAGAGAGAGAAAAUUCAAUUCUUAAUAGAAACACCAUCGUUUGUAUAAAUGUAUGUUUCGUUUUCCGCAAUA